GGUUCACCUUGACGUGAGAGUUGUCAUUGUGAGCAAGUCCGUGUCAAAUUCAAUAAUAGUCUGUUAACUUUUGUGGAUAAAUGGAUCGGUGGAAAGGUAGAGUAGCCCUGGUGACUGGAGCCUCCGUUGGAAUUGGAGCGGCUAUCGCGAAAGCUCUAGUGCAACAUGGUAUGAAGGUGGUCGGCUGCGCCAGGAACAUUGAGAAGAUAGAGAAAUUCGCAGCAGAAUGUCUGAGUGCUGGUCUGAGUGGAACACUCAUUCCCUACAAAUGCGAUCUGUCAAACGAAGAGGAGAUCCUGUCCAUGUUCUCCACCAUCAAGACCUUGCACCAGGGUGUUGAUGUGUGCAUCAAUAACGCUGGCCUAGCUCACCCUGAGCAACUGCUGAGCGGCAAAACGGACGGCUGGAGGACGAUGAUGGAUGUUAAUGUCCUGGCUUUGACAAUUUGCACACGUGAGGCCUACCAAUCCAUGAAAGAAAGAAAUGUGGACGAUGGUCACAUCAUUAACAUUAACAGUAUGAGUGGACACAGGGUGGCUCCCGAUGCCAGCUGUCACUUCUACUGUGCCACUAAGUAUGCUGUGACCGCACUUACAGAAGGACUUAGGCAAGAGCUUCGAGAAGCAAAAAGCCACAUCCGAGCCACUUCAAUAUCACCUGGUUUUGUGGAAACAGAAUUUGAAUUUCGUCUCCAUAGUGAGGAACCAGAGAAAGCUGCUGCAAUAUAUGCCAGUAUAAAGUGCAUACAGGCUGGCGACCUCGCAAGUACAGUGGUAUAUGCCCUUAGUGCCCCACCACAUGUACAAAUUGGCGACAUACUGAUGAGGCCUGUUGAACAGAUGUCCUAACCUUGCAUAUGCAGUCUGCCCCUUGAGGAUCUGCUGGAGGAAGGACAUACCGUGUCUAAAUGUGCUCAAGAUAACAGUCUAUCUACUUAAAGGGUUCUGUGAGUUUGUAAAGAGCUUGGAAUGUGGGGUCCUACAGGUGCAAUGCUGAUGAGGAUAGCAGUGCCAGAUAGGAGAAAGGGUGACCCAUUUCAAAUUUUGG